AUGUUCCUGUCAAACGCGGCCGUACUCUUGCUAGGCGCCAUGCAGCCAGCCCUCGGCAAGCCUACAGCCAAUUGCGCUUAUGAUGGUGGGGCUCGUUUUUCCUCGACGUCCUUCACUCGUAAUCAAACCAUCGUCAGUUUCAUCGAGCCAGAGUCGAGAUGCCCCCUAGGGGAGGCCAUGAUCGGCGUCUGGCCUGCCGACUUCAAGAAUCCCUCUGUUGCCAACGCCAAGGCAAAGGCACCUCUGCCGCCAAGUAAGGGGUGUCCUGCGACCAGCGCGGCCAAGUUUAACGACGCUGAGCUGGGAGACGGCGAGUUCAAGGCCAUAUUUUUCUGCAACGACGGCAGUACGCAGCCCUGGAUCGUCGCCGACGCACCCUUCACGGUCGUCCCGGGACCACCACGACCUGCCAAGCGUGGCGAGUGUGCCCAUCGGAGCAGCGACCUUGGGGGCCAGUGGAUGUACAGUGCGUGCAAGGGCCUGAACGAGGGUGUCUGUGAAGACUGUGGCUUUGGGCAAACCUGCAAUGCUUGCAAUGAGUGCAAGGAGGCCUGCGGGAAAUGCUACAACUAG